GGAGGAGGAGACACUUCAGGCGUCAGAGUGGAGGCUGAUCUGUUCAUCCUUUUGGUUCAGCAAAAGGGGGGAAAGAGUCGGAAGCACCUCCAACUUCUGUCUCCGCGAGAGAUCUGCUGUGUGGAGCUGGAACAAGGCGGCGCGUAAUUUACGCGUGGGAGCGUUCAGGAUCAUUACGCAGCAGCGAGGUUUCACAAAGAGACAACAACACGAGAGAGCGCUGUUACAAGAGAGAGAGAGGGAAAGUUGUUUGCAGAAAGCACAUACAGAAGGAAGCAGGAGGACGAAGAAGAAGAAGCCCAAAAGGAGCGGAGAGAGAGAACAGGUGACCCGGCAGAAGCGACAUGUUUGGCAUGAUCAAGAAUUCGCUCUUCGGAGACACCGAGGAGACCGAGUACAAAGUGCUCAGCAGUGAGACAAAGGACGGCGUCAGCUUCGAGGUGCGGAGGUACGAUGCUGCCAAAUACGCCACCGUCUCCUCUGAGGGGAGAACCUUCGACCAGGUGUCGGGCGAGCUGGUGAGGAAGCUGCUCAUGUACAUCGGAGGGAGCAACGAACAAGGUGAGGCCAUGGGCACGGCCGCUCCCAUCAUCAUCACCGUGUACCCCCGCAACGACGGCGUUCUGUCUCGCCGCCUGAUGGUCGGCAUCCGCAUACCCUCCACCUACCAGCAGGGCCCCCCGACCCCCACCGACACCGCCAUCAGGAUCGAGGAGCGGCCCGGCAUGACCGUCUACGCCCUGCAGUUCGGAGGCUUCGCCGGAGAGAGCGAGUACAGAGCGGAGGCGUUACGCUUAACGCGCACGCUGGGCGAGACGGCGCCCUUCCAGCGCAAACAGUACUUCUGCUGCAGCUACGACCCGCCGCUCAAGCCUUACGGACGCCGCAACGAGGUGUGGUUUCUACAGGAGGAGCCGUAGGAGGCGUCCAAUCAGAUCUCAUCAUGAAAACCUUUCACCUGAACGACCCCCCCUCACUACUCCGACAGUCCUUUAGCUCUAACAGCAAUAUGGUGAGGUACAGAUUACCCAUGAUGCCUUUGCCCAUCUGAUCACCAGGGCCCGGUUGUUUAAAAGAAGUUUAAUCUGGAUCAGCUAAUCCAGAUCUCUUUGUCCCCCUUUUUAUCAAAGACGAGCUGGAUCAGAUCACAGACUUUUCAAGAUUACCAAAUCCAGGGCCCGGUUUGAAGAAACCCAAACACGGCCGUUUUGGACGCCCCUCGGUUUGUCAGAUAUGAGAGCAGUUAUCAGGUCAACAGGUGUUGCAGCGAUGGAAGCAGGCAAGAGAAGUGGUUCAGAUAGAAGUGAUUGUACCCGACCUAAAAAGCCUCUGCAUGUUUCUAAUAAGCUCCACGAGCAGAAACGUGCUCAAACUAGGAUCAAUAUUGGAGAUGCUUUUGAAAAAUGGAGAGAGGUUAGAACACAGAAAGGUUUACAGACCCAUGCAGAGCUGGAUAAACACUGAAGCUUCAGAGUCCACCACAUGGUGACCUGAGUGAGCAUGGACUCUAGAGAGGAGGGGGGGGGAGACAGCUCUCUAUGAUGUUUAGAAUUUAGAC